GGAAGACUACAGCUUGAUCUCGACUUCUUUCCCCCAACGAUGUCACGCGCCGGUUCUAUACCUCCUCCGUCACCAACAAGCUCGACGCAGCCUGCAACACCUCAGUCUGGCAUACCACUGACUUCUUUACCUUCGUCUCCGCCAGGAACGAACGUUUUAGCACAGCCUAUCCCCUUGUCGAGUUCAUCAUCAACUGCCUCAGGUCCGUCUGCAUCGUUGAGCCAACCAAAUGCAUCUUCGCCAGCCACAACUACGUCCACGACGAGCUCACCAACAUCGAAUGCCAACCUCGGGCGUCCUCCAGCAUCUGCAAAUCAAAUUAACUCGCCUCCCCAAGCCGUGUCUGCAAGUACACCUGCCACUAAUGCACCGGCUGUGCCUAGCCCGUCUGGCAUCACUUCAAGUUCGGGGACUCGAACAUCUUUCAAAAAACGCUUUGGACGUUUCUACAACAACCGAAAGGAACCGAAAGAAUGGAUAUCUUUCUGGCUAUUGCCACACAGUCUGCUUGCCUUCCUGCUCUUCGCGUUAGGCCUGAUAGCAGGUAUUGUCACCAUCAAGGUGGUCUCACACAAGAGAAAAGGGCUUGCAGACGUCUCCGCCGGGGCGCAAAAAGUCUUGAGUUACCAAGUAGGCGAGAGUUUGUGGUGGACUUUCUUCCCUGUCUUGAUCUUCCAGAUCUUCGGACUAUGGUUCACAGCGAUCGUCGGAGCACUGGGUGACCGACAACCCUUCGUGGCUCUGCGAAGGGACAAUGGCUCAAACACUAAAACUACAGUCCUCCUCGACUACAAGCGCACUUUAUCGCUGAUGAGACCUUUCGUUGCCAUUGGGAACGGCCACUGGACGCUAUCUGUGAGCUUCUCAGCUGCGCUCUUGGUUGCUCUAUUUCUGAGCUCGCUGGCUUCGCACCUGUUCAUUGCUGUCGCCGUUCCCAUCGUCACAACCAAGCAUACUCCAGUCACGUCAAGUUUCAACCCUUCGAACUUUGGCUAUUUGACCGACCUGACACCCGUAAUUGACGUGGUUUCGAGCACGCUCGUAUACGGUGGCUUAAUGCCUGGUUGGACCACCUUCAACCAAAGCUUUCAGAGCUUUGCACGUCCGGACAUGCAAUUGGAUUCAAGCACAUUGGCUACCUACGAAGCAGAUACAACGGCUUAUUCAGCUCAGCUGAAUUGUAGAGCCCUGGGUCUCAAUGACUACACUCUGAAAGUGAAUGUCGAGGAAGACACCUGGACAUUUGGCGCACAAGACAAUGGUUGCGAUUUCUCACCAGACCUCGUCACAGCGACUGCUGGGUUUAAGUACUAUUUACAAACGUUCUCCAAUGUCUCUUGUUCUCCUGAAGUAGGGAACAGCCGUCUCUUCGUCCUUGCUGCAUAUACACCGGAUCCGAGCAACAUCAAGCCCACGAAGACCACGGUCCUAGCGUGCCGAACAUCCUAUUAUAAGGACGAGGGCACCCUGAAUGUCACAUACUCACAAAGCAGCUCCUCUCCCAGCAUUGGCGGCUUCCUCGUCCGAGAACGAAAAGCCCUUGUCAACCCAUUGCCCGUCUACUACCAGAACUUUGAGCAACAGAUCCAUCAGCCGAGUAUCGUUGAUGACACCGCCACCUAUUCCGCCACAGACCUGGGGCGCGUUGUGCUCGCCCACGCCACGAAAUAUGCGCCGAGGUCGGAAUCUCCGUUUGACAAGGAGGUCAUGAUCAACUCAACCUCAGCGGUAUUCACAGCCGCGUACGCUGUCAUGGCAAGCAGCUUCUUGUGGCAGCAUGACGCUGGAGACCUGGUGACAGGCAGCCUGACCAUCCCAACAGUGCGACUUGUUGUCGUCGACUCAAUAGCAAUCGUUCUCCUGAGCAUGCUCGGCGUCCUCGUCGUUCUUGCUGCUCUCAUAGCUAUUGACGUGAUCAACCACGAGUCAUCGCUAUAUGAGGAGCCCAUCGGCCUUUUGGGAUCAGCAAUCUUGCUGUAUGACAGCAGCGUUACAAGCUUGGCGCUUGAUCUCCGGAACGAACAGGAAGCCAGAAGGGAUGGAAUGGCGUUGAAGCACAAGAAGGCCAGAGGUGACAUGUGGUGUUUUCAUUGGAAGACACCAUGGCUUUCGUGGUCGACUGAUCUCUUGAACAAGAGAUGGAAGGUAGAAAACUGGGAACGCCCGGGGGAUUCGAGGAUUGUGGAGGUCUAACUGGUCA